AAGUAUUAAACGUCGGAGAAAAAAAAUUCCUAUUAACGUUAAAUCUAGCCCUAAUCUUUUCUAAGAGAGGAGAGACUCUGUUUUGUAUCAAUCAUCGAUCAAUCCCAACUCUAAAAGAUGCCUAACACUCAACCUAAGUCGUUGUGUUUGGAUGAUCUUAAUGAUCGGGAAAGACUUCAGUAUAGAUUGGAGUUGGAAGAUUUCACCGAAAUCAAGAUUAAAAGUAAAAUGGUCUCAACCAACUCCACUGUUGCAACUCUUGUAAAGGAAGUGGGUCUUCUUCAGAAGAGGUCUCGUCUUGCCAAGCACUCCCAGUAUGCAAGGACAUCACCUUUGUCCAUCUUCUUGCAGAAGCUGCUAUUUCUUCCCAGAUCAAACCACGCGAAGAGACUUGUGCAAUAUGUUAUGAAGACUUUCAGUGUGAUAAGAUGUUCGAGGUACCUGGAUGUUUCCACCUUUUCUGCGAUGUCUGCAUGAAGAAACACCUCAGAAGAACACUAGUAUGUGGGAAAAGAGCAAUCUGCCCAAUGGAGGAACACUAGUCAGAAAUUCAUAGAGAGGCUUGUGUAGGUAUUUUAGACCCUGAACAGCUUAGUGU